GCCAGGCCAGUACCACCAAGAAGCCAAACCUGGGCUCCGCCCCCCCCAAGAAAGAAGAUGGGACCCAAACCCGAACUCACAGAGGACCAGAAACAAGAAAUUAGAGAGGCAUUUGAUCUCUUUGAUACAGAUGGAACCGGGACAAUAGAUGUUAAGGAGCUCAAGGUGGCCAUGAGAGCUCUGGGCUUCGAACCCAAGAAAGAAGAGAUCAAAAAAAUGGUAUCUCACAUUGACAAGGAGGGGACGGGGAAAAUCAGUUUCAAUGACUUCUUGGCUGUGAUGACUCAAAAAAUGGCUGAAAAGGAUACCAAAGAAGAAAUUCUGAAGGCUUUCAGACUCUUCGAUGAUGAUGAAACCGGAAAAAUCUCCUUCAAGAACUUAAAACGUGUGGCCAGAGAACUAGGGGAAAACCUCACUGAUGAGGAACUGCAGGAAAUGAUUGAUGAAGCUGAUCGAGAUGGUGACGGAGAAGUCAACGAACAGGAGUUCCUGCGGAUCAUGAAAAAGACCAGCCUCUAUUGAGGUCAAUGUCUCUUCCCCUUUUGCAGGCACAUACAAAUAGAUUUACUGGUUAUGAAGGUUUCUUGUUUUCAUUUUUUGAGGCAUCACUAUAGUACAUGGAGGCUGAUUUUCCCCUUCCACUAAUUUAUCUAGAUAAUUAUAUUGGCAAAUACCUGAUUGAACUGUAUGUUUUCUAAAGAAUUCUAAAAAAGUAGUUCUAGAUAAUACAUCUUGUCAAUGGAGUCUCCAAUUCAGAUCCCGCUAGGCUUAAGGAUGGGGGCCUAAAACUCCCCUCCUCCCCCACCCUUUUGCCUGGCAUCUCUUCUUUCAUUCAUGAAUAUUACACCAAACCUCAGAGCAAAAUUCAAGUGUUAUGGCCACCAAAGUGGGAACAAAGAAUAUCUCCUUUAAGGUGCUGGUUCCCUUAUCACCUUGCUUCCAUCAUCUCUUCCCCCUGCCAUGCUCAGGUGUAUGAUACAGCAGGAUCAUGUGAUUGGCUUGUAGGCCACCAUUCCAGGCCAUUUUUUCCCUCCCUCUUCCAUUCACCCCUUUGAUUUUCAUUGACUUAGCUCUUUUAAGAAGAAACUAGCUUACCAACUUCUUUGUUGUGUCUGAAACACAUCGACAUACUUAUUGUCUUGUGGAGGGCUUGGAAUGUUCCAUGGCAUCAUCCUCUCCAGUCAGUGCUGGGGUAGCUGCAUCUAGCUCAUCCACUUUGUGUGUCAUCCUGGCAAAUGCUCUUUCCUUUUCCCAGGCCAGGCCACCAAAUGAAAAGAAGCUAAAUGUAAUGUUAGCCUAAGAAAAUCGUAAAUAGCAUAGGUUGGCUUAAUACUAAUGUUAAAAAACCACACAAAUAAGCAUUUCCUUAGUUCAUAAGCUUUAAGGGCUUAGUUGCUUUGAAAA